AUGUUAGACUGACACUUGACAUUGACAGUACGUACGUAGCGUACGUAAUGGUGGCUGCUUGCGUAAAGCGAUCAUUGCUGACAACUUUUGACAAAAAUUUACGGAAAACCUAUAGAAACUAACAAGGGAACCGGAUAAAUAAUCAAGGAUGAGUGUGUCACGGGUGGCCAGCUGCUUCAUAUGCAGCACCAGCACGGGUGCCACAAACACCAUCAGCCUCAUACAAGACACGAGUAAUCUGCAAUCCGGCAAGAAACUGCUGGACAUUGUGAGUGAGAUAGCGGAGAAACCAUUGAAAGAAGAAGACAUACAUUCUACUGUCAUAUGCAAAAAAUGCAGUCAGACCUGCAAGGAAUAUGACGACCUGCAAGUGCGUCUAAAAACAAUCAAGUCGGAGCUCCACGGACAAAUAAAUAAGAACAGCGAGAGUCCCACCAAGCCUGACGUCAAGAAAGUUGUCCUGCCGGCGUCGAAGCUGCACCCGCUGCCGCCCGACUUCGUGCUCAACGUUGGUCGCCUCCCUGGGGUCACACAAAAGGCAAUAACAACUAUACCAUCAAAACUAAGCCUCAAAGUGACCGUGGGCUCAUCGGUCCUCACCCAAAGCAUCAAGACCACCUCGGCGCUGGCCAAAAACAUUGUCAUACAGAAACCGGAAACUAUCCAAUCUCAACAACAAGAUUUGGUAUUUGAAGAGAGCAGUUUGCCGAAGGAUUUUAUAUCUUCUGUGGUGCUGCAGAGGAUAGGAGAAGAUGGGAACAAUGAUGACCAGGCUAUGGAAAUUGAUGAAGAUUGCUCGUACGCUAUAGUGACUCAAGAGGAUGGCACAAGUGAAGUAACUGAAAAGAAAUCAGACGAGCAGUCAAUGUUCGACGUCAGCCUGUUAUCUUCCCUUGAAGACAGCGGAGGUGAAAAUGAAGCCGAAGCCAAUACGGACCAGUAUAUCGUGGGGAAAUUAGAGAUACUGAGCGAGAGGGAAGACGAGGACGAUGAGGAACAAACAAUAGUGAUGUCGGACGAGAACUCCAUAUUCCGAGUGGUGUCGGGGCAGAAGCUCGUGUACAGCGAGGCCGGGCUCGAGCUGCUCAGCGAAGACGCGGACACGCAGGCCGACAGCCAAGAUGACGAAGAUUCACAAAUAGAGCUACAAGUAUCCGGGGACGAGGAGACGGCUAAUGCUAUCAUUGCUGCGGCUCGGGAGCAAGGUGGUGCAUUUAUAAAAGUGCAGUCGGGAGAAAUGUAUCGUGUAAAAUCAGUGCAGAGCAAACCCAAGGAAGAUGAAGAAACGGAUUUCACAGAUCAUCAGUUGCAGAUUGUGGUGAAAGAAGAUGGUGUUUUUAAAUGUCUGCUGUGCAAGAAGAAUAAAGCUAAAGGAUCCCGGACCGGUCGCUGCGCGGGCGACGCGGACUUCAUAAUGCGACACAUGAGGACACAGCACGACGCGCGCGUCUACAUCUGUCGCACGUGCGACAAGGUGCUGCGGCGGAGGGACCACUACAUCGCACACGUCGCUCAACAUGCGACAGAAAAUUCGAGUCAAGACAAAAGCAAAUUCCAUGAGUGCGACGUCUGCCAUAAGAAAUACAGUUCGAAAACCCUACUAAUGGAACAUAUGAACUUGCACAACGGGCAGCGACCAUACACAUGCCGUAUAUGCCACAAGAGCUUCGCUUCCAAAUACACACACCAGUCUCAUCUCAAGACGCAUUUGGACCGACCGCGACCGUUCAAAUGCGAGUCCUGCGGGAAAUGUUUCUUCACGCUGCAGAACCUCAACCAGCAUCACAAGACGCACUCGGGGAUCAAAGAGUUCGAGUGCAACAUUUGUGGUAAAGCGUUCGGCACGCAGCACAACCUGGAGAUGCACGGCGUGGUGCACUCGGGCCAGAAGCCCUUCGUGUGCGGCGUGUGCGGGAAGGGCUUCGCGCGCCGCGCAGAGGUCAAGGACCACAUGCGCAUCCACACCGGCGAGCGUCCGUUCGCGUGCGACGUGUGCGGCGCCACGUUCUCGCAGCGCUCCAACCUGCACUCGCACAAGCGCGCCACGCACUACGACGACAAGCGCUACAAGUGCGACCAGUGCCCCAAACGGUUCAAGAGGCGCAGGUUAUUAGACUACCACAUCAAGGCGUCUCACACGGGCGAACGACCUCUGAAGUGCGAAGUAUGUAAAGCUACCUUCGUGUAUCCGGAGCAUUAUAAGAAGCAUGCCAGAAUACAUAGCGGGGAGAAACCCUACGUCUGCGAGGUGUGCGGCAAGUCGUUCAACUCGCGCGACAACCGCAACACGCACCGCUUCGUGCACAGCGACAAGAAGCCCUACGAGUGCCUGGUGUGCGGCGCCGGCUACAUGAGGAAACGUCUGCUCUAUUCACAUAUGAACUCGCAGGGUCACUUGGCGGAGUCCAUAGUGGUGAACCAGCCGCGGGUCACCAUACAGCGGGUCGCGGACCUCGCGUCGGUAGACAACGUAUACGAGUCCACGGAAGAGCUAGAAUUAGAAAGCGAAGGAACGGCGGAAGCUAGUGGAAGCCGAGACGCGGUGUACAUAGGCGACAAGAAAUACAAAUACGUCCUCGAGGAGGGGAAGACUUCGCUCAACCUAGUGCCAGACACUGAAGACAUUCUUACUUAUAAUUUGGAGGGAGCUUUGAAGACUGACUCGAAUUUCCUCGAGGCCGUCACUGCUGAGCAGUUGGGAGACGAAUCGCAGAUGGCGGAGGGCGGCUGCGUGCGCGUGGUGCAGGUCGCGCUGCCCGGCGGCCGCCAGGGCUGGGUGGCCGUCAACCCCUGAGGGGGGGGACCUUCCUGACGUGCGCCCCGAUGUCCAAAUUGCGCAAUUCCACCACCAAACACGUUAAAAAAACAUUAAGGGUCGACCUAACCCGAUGGCUUCUACGCCUUUUUCAACAGCUUAGAAAAAUUGAUGAUUUAUGAAAAGCGUUGGUUUUGAUUUUUUGAAUUUUGACCUGUGUAAGAAGAAAUAAGAAUUGAACCAAAAAUAAGUUGAGGAUUUUAUAAAAUGUGUCUUGGUUUUUUUUUUUACUGUAUUUUUUUUUUUUUACAAAUUGAUUCGCGAAAGCUGGCGGGAAUUUUAUACAAUUCAAUACAAAUCUCGUGCCAGUUCUUACGAAUUAACCUAUAUGCUGCUAUUUACCAAAAGCAUCAUGUAACAUUGUAAGUAAUUAAUAAAUCAUAUAGUAAGUUUGGUCUGUAUACGCACAAAGUAUUGAAACAUAUUUCAAAUAAAAAGCUUUCGCAUGAAUAAAAAAAAUACAGCAUAGCGAGAUUAAUUUGUCUGAAAUAUUUUUUAUUGGUAAAGGCAGCUAUCCGACCACAGAUAUAAUAUUCCUAAAGAUGAAGUCUGAGCCACCUGUCACCGUAGCUACACACACACAGCAACAUUUUUAUUUAUAGGGACCGUGCGCGUUGGAGGGUCUGCCAUCUUGUGGCCUGAAUCGGAACCAUAAACAUGCACAUUUACACGUCACGUGUUUUCUUGUGCAUAGUAGAAUCUGCCAUCUUGUGGGCUACAUCGGAACAAAAAACAUCACAUUUACGCCUCGCGCCAAAAAUCUGACGGCUCCUGUGCUGCCUCCUACAGUUCAUGCACGCUCCCUAUGUUUAACAAGAACCCUGUGGCCAUGUCGAUAAAGUCGUAUCGAUAAACUAUCGGCAUUUUUUUAUUUAUUUUAAUUUUACUAGAAUGUAUUUAAGAAUUACCUUAAAUGAACAGGCAACCACACAACUUUAUAUAUUCUUAUCAACCAGUAUGUUUUUGUUUAAUUCAAACGUGGCUUUCCAAAGUGUAUCACGACUGGUAUGUUUGCUGCAGUUGCUGGGGAAGCACACAUGUCAACAAUAAAGUGAACUGCAAUAGAAAUUGUGCAUAGUACUUUACUUAAUAUUUUACUUUCAUAAAUUCGUAAUCUAGCACUUUUUAAGAACAACCAUGAAAUUAUCAACAGGUUAUGUUAUAUACUUUAAUAUUUUAAUUAUAUCAGUUUUUAUAUAAAGCCUGACCAGUAAUGAUCAUGAUCACGCGCCAUGUUGUGGGAUUUCACUGGAACUAAUUUAUUCAUACUAAACUGAACUGUCACCCUGUACAUGAGAAUAACAGCGCCCUCUUGAGAAUGAUUGUAUAUUACUGGUCAGGCUAUAAAAUAUAUGUUAAUUAUUAAUAUUUCAGAGAAAACGACCUUUGUAAAAAUGUUAUGUUCUAUGCUAACAAAAUCUGACAUAUUUGCUUACAUUAUUUGCAAUUUCUAUUGAAGUCUACUUUAAACACAUAUAUUAGGUAUGCAUUUUUAUUGUGUUAAUCAAAACCAUUUUAUCUUACCCAACUGUUUUGUACAUUGCAAAUUUUAUUUGUACAUAGAUGUACGAUAUAUCUGUAAAUAAAAAUGAUAAUUGCAA